AUGUCUAGACUGCUAACUCGUGGAGGAAGGCCAUGGGGUCUUCGAUGGCGCAGUUCAGUCAACUACCUAACAUUUGUUGUCAGCCUCGGAAUCGGUGCUGAUACUCUAAUCUACUCACUCCCGGUGGCUGUCAUCCCAUUUCAAUUGGCCGAAUGGGGCUACAUGGAUCUAUCAAGCAGGACGGGAUGGCUCCUGUUCGCCUUUGCUUCGGGAAUAUGCAUUGGUACUCCUCUUGCAGCAUGGUUAUCUGAACGCUACAAAACUCGCCGAUUGCCUAUGUUGGCAGCCAUUGUGGCACUCAUCGGCUCGAUCAUCAUGUUCAUGCUUGCGCCGAACUAUGUUCUCCUUGUCGUGGCCAGAGUACUUCAAGGCGUUUCAUCCGCUGUCAUUUGGACGGUCGGUGUUGCUCUGAUAUGUGAUGCUGUGCCUCCCAAUAGGGUUGGUCAACAAAUGGGGACGGCUCUCAUUGGGCUAUCGCUAGGAUCCGUAGCGGGGCCUCCAAUCGGAGGUGCACUUUAUGCGAAAUACGGCUUUUAUGCUCCUUUCUACUUUGGCGUAGCACUGGCCAUGCUGGAUCUUGUCACCCGAUUCCUCGCCAUCGAGCCGCAAGAUGCUAGGAAAUGGGUAAAUCACCUCUCUCAACUGCCAACUGGAAAUGACAGCGAAGAGAAGUCGCCUGACGCGUCCGGGCCCGUCAUUCCUGUGCCAGAAAGCGAUGCGAGCGGGGAGACAGUUACGGACGAGGUCGGAUCUCAGAGGCCCAUCCUGGAAAUGCUUCGGCAUCGCUUGACCUGGGUUGGUGCCUUUAACAUGCUCGCAUAUGGGAUGGUGGGACCCUCGCUCAAUGCCACUCUUCCCCUCCGGUUGUGGGAUGUGUUUGGCUUUAACUCAACAAUUGUUGGACUGAUUUAUAUUGCCAUUGUGGUACCGACUUGUUUUUCGGGUAUACUGAGCGGCCGAUUGGCAGACAAAUUUGGAUCCAAAUGGGUAGCCAUCCUCUGCUUCGCCGCGGCCAUCCCUUGGAGUGGCCUUCUGAUCAUUCCUAACUUACCGUUAGACAUUAUCUGUCUUGCAUGGCAAAGUUUCUUCCUGAAUGGGUGUGUGUCCCCCGUGAUGCGCGACUUCUUCACUGUAGCGAUAGAGAUCAAGGGGGUGGGAUUUGCCCACGUGUAUGCCAUAUUUAACAUGUCAUAUGCGAUAGGUACGCCUAACAUGUACGAUCAUCUGUCCCAUGGAUGGCUGGCGGUGUGCAUCUUCUGGAUAGCGUGUACGGUAUCGGGUGUGUUGGUGACAUUCAUAUUCUCAGAUCAGACGGAGAAAGGGGCGGCGUAG